AUGCCCUCAGAUAGUGCUGAGCAAGUGCUGUUGCUGUCAAGAAGGUGUGAUUCGCCUAGUCUGGACUCAAUCACAGUGGUGGUACCUCGAGUCCACUACAAUACCAUCCUUUGGAAGCUCAUCCUCAAUACGUCUCCCAAGCCCCCAGCCAAUGGAUAUGCAGCCCCUAGACCUGCUUUUGCACCUGCCAAAUACGACUUCAACUACGCUGUCAAGGACGAGUACUCCGAUAACGACUUCGGCUACCAUGAAGCCCGCGACGGCGAUAACACUCAGGGUUCUUACUACGUUCAGCUAAUCGACAGUCGUCUACAGAAGAUCACCUACAUUAUUAAUGGUGACUCUGGCUUUGUGGCCGACAUCAGCUACGAGGGCGAUGCUCAAUACCCUGCCGAACAGCCUGCGUACAAGCACGCCCCUUCAUAUGCUUAG